UGACAGGUGUUGCUGUGGACGACUCGUCCGGCAGCAUCUUGGCUUCACUGCAAGCCUGGCAAUGAAGUAUUCCGAUGUAAAAUUGGGUGAGUCUGAAAACCUGGAGAAAGAGGAAUGGUCGGUGGAGAAACAUACUAAUGAGAGUCCAACAGAUGCUUAUGGAGUUAUUAACUUUCAGGGAGGGUCCCAUUCUUACAGGGCUAAGUAUGCACGACUCUCCUAUGAUACAAAGCCUGAAGCUGUUUUAAGACUAAUGCUGAAAGAAUGGCAAAUGGAAUUACCGAAACUCGUCAUCUCUGUACAUGGAGGAAUGCAAAAUUUUGAACUUCAUCCACGCAUUAAGCAGGUUGUUGGAAAAGGUUUAAUCAAAGCAGCUGUGACCACAGGAGCCUGGAUUCUAACUGGAGGAGUCAAUGCAGGUGUUGUGAAGCAUGUUGGUGAUGCACUGAAAGAACACAUUUCACGUUCAUCUCGGAAGAUUUGCACAAUUGGAAUUGCCCCUUGGGGUGUGAUUGAAAAUAGGAAUGAUCUUAUUGGAAGAGAUGUUAUUGCCCCAUACCAGACACUACUGAACCCUCUGAGUAAGCUGAAUGUUCUAAACAGUUUGCAUUCCCAUUUUAUUCUGGUUGAUGAUGGAACAGUUGGGAAGUAUGGUGCUGAAGUAAGGCUUCGGAGAGAGCUGGAAAAACACAUCAAUCUUCAGAAGAUUCAUGCAAGAAUUGGCCAAGGUGUGCCAGUCGUUGCUUUGAUAUUUGAAGGUGGCCCUAAUGUAAUCCCCACUGUGUUGGAAUAUCUUCUGGAGAGCCCCCCAGUCCCUGUCGUGGUAUGUGAAGGAACAGGCCGGGCUGCAGAUCUUCUGGCCUAUGUGCAUAAGCAGACUGAGGAGGGAGGAAUACUUCCAGAUGGUUUGGAAUUAGAAAUCCUCACAACAAUCAAAAAGACUUUCAACUUCAGCCAAAGUGAGGCCCACCAUCUAUUCCAGAUUCUGAUGGAAUGUAUGAAGGCGAGGGAACUUAUAACCGUUUAUCACAUUGGAGCUGAGGAGCACCAAGACAUAGAUGUAGCCAUUUUGACAGCACUGUUAAAGGGUACCAAUUCAUCUGCAUUUGAUCAGUUGAUUUUGACUCUUGCUUGGGACAGAGUGGACAUUGCGAAGAACCAUGCAUUUGUUUACGGGCAGCAAUGGCUGGUGGGAUCACUGGAGCAAGCAAUGUUGGAUGCUCUUGUUAUGGACCGAGUGGAAUUUGUGAAACUUCUCAUUGAGAAUGGAGUUAGCAUGCACAAGUUCCUCACAAUCCCUAGGCUUGAAGAACUGUACAACACAAAGCAAGGUCCAACCAAUCCAACACUACUUCAUCUCGUGCGAGAUGUUAAGCAGGUAAAUUUUCUGCUGUUUACCUUUUAA